AUGCGAGCCGAUCAGCCGAAUCGCAUGCGAGGAACUCGCUGUCGUGCGACCGAAUGUUCAGAUCCGCCGCAACCGCGGCCGUCGCAGAACCAGGAGGGCCAUCGAAUAGCCGCGCCGCCGCGUAUAAUUCACGCACGAAUCCAUUCGACGCGGUUCCUAGUACCUCUCGUGAACGUGAAGCGCGAACUAACGGGAAGCGCGCGUAGUUUCCGUUGUACCUCUUCCUCCUCUCACCGACUAACGGCUGUUUCCGCCGCGAGCGGUGCAAGCAAAGCCUCAGGCGAAUCCGAGCCGUCCGUAUCAGCUCAGAUCCGCGAGAUCGGGGAAGAGGAGCCCGGCUUGCGCGGAAGGUUCCUGCAGGAUGACGUGGGUCCGAACCAGGUGGUUCUCGAGGCGCAGGCGCGCGUGUGCACGGGACCCACGCAGACCCGGCCGUUGGGCGAAGAGGAGAUGCGGCGCGUGUUGGAGCAGAUCUUGCUCUCAGGUGUGCCCUCAGGUGUUCUGUCAGCAAAGGGCGAGCUCCCCCCAUCACUACGCAGUGGAGUGAGUGAGGGGGAGAGGCGGGCGCUAGUUGACAUGUGGCCCGCCCUCAGAUACCACCUCCCCCGAGACGUGCUCUUCCUUGCCGACCCUCAGGGUGCCAUAUUCAACAAUGCUCUGCCUGUGGGCCCCACCUUCCUCGGGCAUGGGUCGGAGCAGGAGGCUCAGGUGGUGGGGGACCUGAGGGACAUUCUGUUCGGCGUGCACCUUGGCUUUCAGAAAACCAUGUCUCUGCUGCAGAACCUGUUGCCUAUGCGGGGCGGAUCUCUGGAAGGGGGAGCGGGGGCAGUGAUUGAUGCACUGGUGGCGGCGUAUCUGAUCGCCGUGCGCAUGAACCGAGAGACCGACAGAGAGCUCAAGGCGUUCUGCCUUGCGUUCGACCAGGCAGGGUGGUGUCAGCACAUACGCUGA